AUGGGUUCAGCAGGGGAGCGCAAUCCGUCAUUUGUCCUUCGUGCAAUUGGACAGGCAUCCCUUGAAGACAAACCGAUCCCUCAGCUCAAAGACCCGUGGGAUGUACGCAUCCAUAUCGCACAAACCGGAAUCUGUGGCUCUGACCUACAUUUCUACGAUGAAGGUCACAUCGGUGAUUUCGUCCUCACCACCCCCAUUGUCCUUGGGCACGAGAGCUCUGGAACGGUUGUAGAGGUUGGGUCCGCCGUGAAGAAUUUGGCCGUUGGGGACAGGGUCGCUAUUGAACCUGGAGUGCCCUGCCGACACUGUGAUUACUGCCGGUCAGGGUCCUACAACCUCUGUCCAGACACCGUCUUUGCCGCCACGCCGCCCUGGGAUGGCACUCUCUCCAAGUAUUUCCUCGUCGCUUCAGACUACUGCUACAAGUUACCCGCGCACCUGGACAUGGAACAAGGGGCCAUGGUUGAGCCUACGGCUUGUGCAGUGCAGAUGACCAAGGUUGGUGGCGUCCGUGCCAACCAAAAUAUUGUCGUCUUUGGGUGUGGCCCGAUCGGGGUUUUGUGUCAAGCCGUCUCAAAAGCCUAUGGAGCGAAGACUGUCAUCGGCGUCGAUAUCAACCAAAGUCGACUUGACUUUGCGCGAACUUUUGGUGCGGACGGGGUGUUUCGGCCACCGAAGAAACCCGUGAGCUCCGCACAGAGCGACAUGGAAUGGAGUGAGUCGGUGGCCAAGAUGAUUCAGUCGCAAUUUGCCCUUGGGGAGGGCGCGGACGUGGUCAUCGAGGCGACUGGUGCAGCGCCCUGCAUCCAGAUGGGCGUCUUCGUCACGAAGAAAGGAGGAACCUAUGUCCAGGCGGGUAUGGGCCAGGACAAUGUUGAUUUUCCCAUCACAAUAGCCUGCCUGCGAGACCUGACAAUCCGGGGCUCCAUCCGGUAUACGACAGGCUGUUAUCCGACUGCCUUGGAUCUUGUCGCCAGUGGCAAGAUCGAUGUCAAGCGGUUGAUCACGAACCGGUUCUCCUUCGAGGAUGCGAAGGAAGCAUUCGACCUGGUGAGGAGAAGGGAAGAAGGCGUCAUCAAGGUCGUCAUUGAGGGUGUCAGAGAUUAA